ACCAGGAACACAUAUAUUCACAACUAGGUAGCGGACGGAGCUAUAGCUAGCUAGUGCGUGUGGCAUGGAAGAUGACAAGAAGGAGGGCAAAUACCGCGGCGUGCGGAAGCGGCCGUGGGGCAAGUUCGCCGCGGAGAUCCGGGACCCCGAGCGCGGCGGCUCUCGCGUCUGGCUCGGCACGUUUGACACGGCGGAGGAGGCCGCGCGGGCUUACGACCGCGCCGCAUUCGCCAUAAAGGGCGCCACGGCCGUGCUCAACUUCCCCGGCGAGGCUGCUAGGAUGAGCAGCGGGUCCUCCUCCUCGUCGACAUCGGCUCCGGCGACGGGUGGCAGGGGGAGGAGCCGGAUCGCUGACACGGAGAAGGUGGAGCUGGAGUACCUUGACGACAAGAUCUUGGAGGAGAUGCUCGCGGAGGACAAGUGCAAUAAGAACUAGUGAUACUACGAAGAACAAUCCUACUUUGCAUGGGCCGGCUUGACACUUGUGUUCGCUUCCAGGAAAGGAGACAACUAAGUUUAAUACUAAGAAGAAUAGACUCUGCCAAACCAAGUGGUGAUAUACAUUGGUUUUCUUAUGACGAGUCAUUGAUAAAAUUUAAGUUGAGUUCAUUUUGAUUUGCAUAAGUAUAUCUAUGUAUUAUAAUGCAAGGUUAUGAUUAUAACUAACCGAAGUCGGUGAGAAAAAUGGAAUUGAAGUUUUCUGUCUC